AGCAUAGUCUCAAAAGCCUCCACCACUCCAUACUUUUUAAUUUAUUUCUGAUUCUCUAUAUCUGUGAAUGUUUCCCGCGCUCCUGUCCUGCUGCCCUAGGCUCCGUCCGUGGUUGGUUGAAAUGGCGUCUUCCGCCUUUGAUGUACUGAUGUCGGGCGCUCGAAAGAAGAAAUCCGACCAGAAAAGAAAAACCCCACCCCUCCCCAAAUCCGGAAACCCUAACCAAGUUUUGUCGCCUCCCAUCUGCUCCUUCUUCUACUUCCAUAGAAGAACUGAGGGCUCUGUUGCCAAAGCUAUCCGUUUUUCUCAAUCUAUGCUGCGGAAGCCGGAUGCAUUGACUAUAACAAAAGUUUUCAACACCUUUCACUCCAUUGUAAAGAUUAAUGCACUUAUGAAUCCAGAAAAGACAGCCGAGAGAAGAAAAAGAAUGAUAUAAAGUCACUUCUUCUUGCUGCAACCGACUGCGAACCUGUAUAUCUAACCCCUUUGCUACAGUUUGUUUUCUAGAAAGAGUUGCGCCUUGGAUAUGGUGACCAAACUUUAUUAUCUGCAUUGGGCCAAGGAGCCCUUUGUUCUAAAGAACAUUUUGAACUUCCUCCUGAAAUUCAGUCUCCUUCAGAAGAGGCUGCAAAGAUUGUUAAACAAGUAUAUUCGGUUCUCCCUGACUAUGGAAAAAUAGUACACGCACUGCUUACUGAUGGUAUAUGGCGACUUCCAACAACAUGUGUUUUUACUGUUGGUGUUCCGGUUGAGCCUAUGCUGUCAAAAUCAAUGACGAGUGUAUCUGAAGCUCUAAAUAAGUUCCAGGAUAUAGGGUUUACUUGUGAAUACAAAUACGACGGAGAACGUGCUCAGAUACAUUACAUGGAAAAUGGCUCAGUUGAGAUUUAUAGUAGGAAUGCUCAACGGAACACUGAAAAAUUUCCUGAUGUUGUGGCUGCAGUUUCAAGGUUGAAGAAAAGAACUGUAUCGUCAUUUGUUAUUGAUUGUGAAUUGGUUGCAUACGAUCGUGCAAAACAGAAAUUCUUUCCUUUCCAGGUGCUUAGUACCCGCUCCCGCAAAAAUGUAGCUGCGAGUGGCAUUAAUGUUGAUGUAUGCAUAUUUGCUUUUGAUUUGUUGUAUCUUAAUGGCCAAGCACUGCUUCUGGAAAAUCUGAAAAUUCGUAGAGAGCAUCUUUAUGCCUCAUUUGAGGAGAAAUCUGGAUUGCUUCAGUUUGCAACGUCACUAACAUCAAAUGAUACCGAGGAAAUACAAAAGUUUCUCGACGAAGUCGUGGAUGCUACCUUCAUUCUUAUAAAGGUAUUAAGGUAUAAUGGAAGAAGCGGAGUACCAAAUAUAAAGUAUUCAUGGAGACCCACUUGAGGAGAGAUUGAUGUGUAAUUAAUUCUAAAUAGUUGAGUCAAAGAAUUUUGGACUCCAAACUUCUUCAUUAUCCACACACCAAAUUCUGUAUCGAGGGAAUCAUGUGAAAGACAAAGAAAGUCGUCCAGAACACUAAGAACUGGCUGGAAGUAAUUGCGUAUUUUGAGGCCGAUGCAAACGGUCGUAUGUCUUAGUGGAAAGAUUCAGUGAUAUAAUAACAAAUGGCUCAAGACGUGGUUGGACAUAGUUGGGAAGUGCCAACCAGUUAACAGUACCAAUCAAAUGAAUGAUUAAUUUAAAAAUGAUCGGAAUUCAUUAUGCAAAUAGGAAUCAAAAGACAUUUGGGAAAUUUUCUCCAACAAAUAUCAUCAAAGUUGAUUAUUCUAACCUACGCUAUGCUUGAAAGAUGAUUCUCUUCAGUUUAAGCGCGUAACUCAUUAACUACCACAACUUUGUAAGUUUUGGCUGUAUCGUCAAAACCAUAAGUUUAAACCAUAAGUUUUGGCUGUAUCGUCAAAACCAAAUGCAAACUUGUAGAAACAUUGGUCGACAGUGUUACGACAUAAAAAAAGCCCCUAAUUCUAUCGAUUUGAUUCUAGUGGUAGGGUUCCAUAAAGAAAACCAAUACUUUUGAAAAUUACCAUUUAGAUAAUCAUUUAGUAAGCAAUUUUCUUAGUGAAUAGCAAGCAUAGUAAUCCUUUAGCGGAAUCAAUUACCUGACAGAUGUUAGUGGAACCGUGACAUUUGUCGCCGAAAAUAAUUCUAUUUUCAAGAAAACUACUCACGUAAAUGAUUGGACAUCGCUUAUAGGGUGUUUUGGCGAAGAAUAAGUGGGUGUGAGUAUGAGAGAUGGAUUUUGAGAGGAUACCUUGAAAGGUUUUCUAAAAAUACCGGAUCAGAAAUGUACCUUUUUCAAGACUUGUUCAGUGUUUUGAACUGCUCAAUGUUGUUGAUGCUGAGCUUCACUAAGAUCAUCUGAAUGACUAAGACUUCGUAAACGGAGGAAAAUCACCACUCAUCUAGUGUUUUGGAUUCAGAUGGUUUCUUGGAGGAGGAUUUCCAUCGCAGAGUGGAUAAGAACGUGUUGGUUUAGGCUAAAUCAACAAGUACUUAUACACUUUGCGAUGAAAUUCCUCCUCCCAAGAAACCAUAUGAAUCCAAAACACUAGAUGAGUGGUGGUUUUGCUCCGUUUCCGAAGUCUGUCAUGCAGAUGAUCUUACUGAAGCUCAGCAUCAAGAACAUUGGGGAGCUCAAAACACUAACGAGUCUUGGAACAGGUGCAUUUCCGAUCCAGUAUUUUUAGAAAAACUUUUCUAGUAUUCUCUCAAAAUCCAUCUCUCAUACUCACGCCUACUUAUUCCUCGCCAAAAUAUUCGAUGUUCAAUAAUUUCCCGCGAGUAGUUUUCUUGAGAAUAAAAUUGCUUCCGGCGACAAAAUGCCACGGUUCCACUGAUAUGUAAGAUAAUUGGUUUCGCUAAGGGAUUGCUAUGCUCGCUCUUCAUUAAUAAAAUUGGUUACUAUAGAAAUGGUGCUUUCUAUAAAUAUUUAUUUUCUUUAUUGAACCCUACCACUAGAACAAAGUUGGCAGAAUUAAGGUUUUUUUUUAUGCCGUAACACCGUCGACCAAGGUUUCUACACGUUUGCAUUUGGUUUUGACGAUACAACUAAAACUUACAAGGUUGUGGUAGUUAAUGUGUCGCGUGUUCAACCGAAAGAAAACCAUCUUUCAAUCAUAGCUCAGAUUAGAGUUUUCAGCUUUAAUGAUAUUUGUUGGAGAAAACUUCCUAAUUGUCCUUUGAUUCCUGUUUGCAUAAUGAAUUCGGAUCCUUUUCAAUUUAAUGGUGAGAUUUAUUUGAUCGGUACUGUUCACAACUAUGUCUAACCACGUUUUGAGUCAUUUCUUAAUAUAUCACUGAAUCUUUUCACUGAAAAAUACAAUCACUUGCAUCUGCCACAAAAUUUUGGCAAUGAACAACUUUCUUUGUCUUUCUCAUGAUUUUCUCGGUACAAAAUUUGUUGUAUGGAUAAUGAAAGAGUUUGGAGUCCAAAAUUCUUGGACUCAACUAUUUAGAAUUAACUACACAUCAAUUUCUCUUCAAGUGGGUCUCCAUGAAUACUGUAUAUUUGGUACUCCACUUCUUCCAUUAUAUCUAUAAUCCCACUGAUGUGAAAGUAGAGAAGAACGUUAUAAUUAGAGAACCCCACAGGCUGUGUUGGUUUUCUGCCAUGAAUUACAUUCAUAGCCUGUUUUCCAAGCCUUUAACCCCUUCUCCAAGCACAUCCUGUUUGCAUGGAAGUAUCCUAUUUGUAAUAGAGGAUGAUGGUAAUCUUGGAGACAUACCGGAAGAUAGUGAGGGAAAUGAAGAGGAAUGGUUAGAUUCUAUGGGCGUGGAGGAGCUAAGUGACACCGAUUCUGAUGAACAAAUAAUCUUUAUUUUGAGUAUCUUUGGUUGUCGAAUUUUAUAGAACAUCUCUCAAACUUUAUGCUAGGUUCUUCUUACCGUCCUUGUCAUAUAUGGCUAAAAAUGCGAAGACCAUGUAUUUUUGGAUACACAGAGUGGUUAAACUUUGAUAUUCUAGCUUUCAAUUGAUGUGCUAUGAAAUUUACACGGAUA